GAGGUCAGGUGACCGGGCCGGCGUCCCAAGAUGGCGGCGGCGGUGGCGCUUGGGAGGCCGUGGCACCCUCCCGGCUGCUGAGACGGGCCCUGCGCGGCCGGCGGCGGACGGGCCGGGCCGAGGGCCGGCGAGCGAGCGGCCGCCACUUCUGCGCGCCCCGCAGUCGGGGCUGGGCCGUGCGGCGGCGGCGCCGGGGCAUGCGAGUGCGGGGCCCGGCCUCUCCCUCUUCAGCCUAGGGCGGCGGCGGGCCCGCGCCCUUGGCUCCCGGGCCAUGGCUCUGCGGGAGCUCAAAGUGUGUCUGCUGGGGGAUACAGGUGUAGGUAAAUCCAGUAUUGUAUGGCGGUUUGUGGAAGACAGUUUUGAUCCGAACAUCAACCCAACAAUAGGGGCAUCUUUUAUGACCAAGACUGUCCAGUACCAAAAUGAGCUACAUAAAUUCCUAAUCUGGGAUACAGCUGGACAAGAACGAUUCCGUGCCUUAGCACCAAUGUACUACCGAGGGUCGGCUGCAGCUAUAAUUGUUUAUGAUAUCACAAAAGAAGAGACAUUUUCAACAUUAAAGAAUUGGGUAAAAGAGCUUCGACAGCAUGGCCCACCUAAUAUCGUAGUCGCCAUUGCAGGAAAUAAGUGCGAUCUUAUCGAUGUUAGAGAAGUAAUGGAGAGAGAUGCUAAGGACUACGCCGACUCCAUCCAUGCAGUUUUUGUAGAGACCAGCGCAAAAAACGCGAUAAACGUAAAUGAACUCUUUAUAGAAAUUAGUCGAAGAAUUCCAUCCACUGACGCCAACCCGCCAUCUGGCGGUAAGGGCUUCAAACUCCGAAGACAGCCUUCCGAGCCAAAGCGGAGCUGCUGCUGACUGAGCUCAGCCUCCUAGGCCUGAUGAUGAAGUAGGUGGUCCUGAAAGCUAACGGGAGGUCUGGGGGCCCUGCUGCCAGGUUUCGCCUAGCCGGGCUUGGGUCUUCCUCAUGCAUAAAGGGUUCAUGGAAAGUGACCUGUUCUGUGUCCUUUCUGGAGACUCCAGCAAUAAUAUUCCAGUGUGUGGACUUCUGUUAUGUAAAAAAUCUCUGGUGUACAAAGGGACUACAUCAUUGGCUUUUGACAUUGUGAAAAGGAACAUAUAAUUGUAUAGAUGGUAGGAUUAAAUUGAGUAGUUUUGUAAUCAGGGUUUUAUGUAACAUUUGUAAAGGGAAAUUUAGCACUUUCAUGGUUCUGGAGGGAAAAAAAGACCUUGUGGAGAUUAUAAUUUCCUUGGUUUUUCCCAUUACCGCUGUUAUAGGUAGUUGUAUCAUUUAAAAUGUGAUAGGUUGUCAUAAGUAAAGGGGUGGCAAUUAUUAUUUGAAGCUAAAAUGGGUUAUUUAUAGGACUGAUGGAAUGAUUUCAUCCCAUCUCUAAAGCACUUUUCAUUGAGUACAUUAGCCCAGAUUGCAUACAGCAAAUGAACAACAAUAACAGCAGAUGCAGAGCUCACCCUGGGCUGCAUUCCAACCCUGUCAUGUGUGUGUCACCAAACACAUUACUGGCAAUUUUUAUAUAAGCUGUCAUGAUCAAGAUUGCAGUGAUAGAGAAGCUGCCUGGAAUAAAUUGAGUUGCAUAUGUUUAAACUAACUAGCAAUGGUUUUGAAAGGAGGAAGAAAAGAGUAAAGAAAAUGGUGUAAAUGCUGUCAAAUUUUUAUUUAACCCAAAUACUUUGGAGGGGAAAUCAUUAUCUGUUGCUUAGCAUAUGUAAAGUUUGUAGUCUAUAUUUAUAGACCAUUGCUUAAAGAUUAUAAAUUAUGUAAAUACAUUAAUAAAUUCUGUUUCAUUCAACACUCCAUUAAAUCUUGCACCCAGUCUCUUGUGUAUGUCCACCUAUCUUAGCCUAUCCACAGAGACUCUGUGAAGCACAUUUAUGUUGUGCACAAAGCAUAGAGCAGUCUUGGCCUACAGUCUUUAAAGAUUUCUCUGCCUUGCCCUCCACCCACCCUCUCGCCUCCAAAUCCAUCCCAUCUGGAAGUCAUCAUGACCACAUACACCACUUUGACAAUCCUGACUGGCCCCCUCCUAGCCUUGGGGUAAAAUAAAAAAUUAUAAACUCCAAGUUCAAGUCAUUCACCUGGUCUUGGUAAUAAGUUUCUUUUAGCUUUUACAGCAACCUCAGACCAAGUGUUUUAAGAGAGCUUUCCUUGUUAACAAUUUAGCUUAUAGCUUAUCUUUCCAUUUCCUUUAUUUUCCCUGCUUCUGUUAGUGGUUAACACUCUUUUCCCUCAGGGAGCCUAAUGAGGUUUUUAAUAUAAUCUAAAAAUAAAGCACCGAAGUGAAGUUGGUGAAAAUUUGUUCUUGGUCUAAUUUGGCACCCUUCCAACCUGAGUAUUGUAAGGGAAGGAAAUUUACAAGAUUAAAAGGAAAUGAAACAGCUUGAAUCUCAAACUAAAUUUUGUUUUCAGAGCUAUCCUUAAGCUGAACAGUCGAAACUCUUAAAAAUAAUUGUUACUUCUUUGUGACCCCCACUUGAUAUGGUUAGAUUUUAAUGGGAAAAUUAUAACUCAGAUUAAGUAAAAAAUUAUUUCCUUUUCCCUGGUGUAUAUCUUAAGCAUCUGAAAUUGUUUAUUCUUACUGAAAUCACAGAAAAGGAAUGUAGUUAGGAAAAUUCUAACGUUUUGUUUAAAAUACUUGGGACUCUGUACCCCCACCCCCAGCAUCCUGCUUUCUUUCCAACAUGAAAUUAGCAAGCUUUGGGAGAAACGCCGUGAUUUCCAGGGUGGGGCUUAUUAUAAAUAAAGGUGGCUUAACUUUACUUCAUAUAAAUCCAGAUAGAUCAGGGCAUCUGGCCACUGCUCCCAUGUGUCCCAAACAUUCCACUACUGGGCCUCUAUCUCCACAACAGCAAAAUAAAAACAGAGGUCUCUUGGCUCAUUACCAAAGAGGCGAGGCAUGUGGGCCCUCUCUGACUUACUUCACCAAACGAUGAUGCAGAUCUUCAACCUUCACAUUUUUUCCCAAGAAACCUGUCAGUCACUGUUGAUGAUUUCAUGGCGUCCGGGUGCACAGGAAAAGACGCAGUGCUUCAGUGCCUCUUUCUGUUGGCAAGCCUUCUAAAUGCCUCUAGUGGUCCUGGGACAUGUUCUGCAUUUAGCCCAAAACAGGUCCAUCUCUUCAGCCCUCCACAGCUGGUGUCCCCAUAGUUUCUCAUACUCUUCCCCAUAUGUAGACAGUGAUUCUGUUUGGUUAAGGCCACAUGCCUUCCUAAGGGAGUGAGUACUGUGGGCUUGUGCAACACCAUUGCUCCUCACACAUUUCUGGGGAGGAAAAAUUCCUCCCUUUGUUUCCAUCAGCCUGUCUCAGAAACGGUCAUGGCGCUAUUUUCAUGUGCAACCUUUUUAAUGCUUAGUAACACAUUGUUAUAUCAGAUCCUUAAUCUGUACUCAAUGAAAAUGGGAAAAAACUUUUUCUUUUGUUUGCUUCUAAAAUGAAAAGAUGAAUAUUAAAGUCAGAAUCAGUGUUUUAUUUUGAACACGCUUUGGAUGAUUUACCUAAAUGACAAUCUAAUACACAUUUCAUAUAUUCUUUAUUGUUGUGUCUUAUGAGAAAAGUCUAGAUGUGAAAAGAAUUGAGAUAUAGCCUGUCUGUACACAUCAUCUUUUGGUUCCCUUAAGACACAGGGCCAUUUUUAAAAACUUUUGGGACUGAAAAGAGAAAACUUACUAAUUAGCUGCAAGUGUAUAUUGAUUCCUCUCAAAGAAAUUGAAGUAAGCUCUUUGCAGGUGUCGCAUCCUAAUGACGGCUGAUCUCCAGAACUCCCCUUUCACACAUGUGUUUUUCUGAUUCUAUGAUAACUAAUUAACUAUCAUUUGGUGAUUAAAAGAACAUAAAGCAAGGAUAUGAUUAAGAGUCCUUCAUUUUAAACUCUUUAAGAAGUGAUUAAGGAGAAGUACCUAUUGCAAGUCCUUCUGAGUCCAAAUGAAACCUCCAUCACCUGCUCUUCAGCCACAGUCAGGAUAAGUUCUACACACAGCAACUGAAAGAUUUAGUUCCUUUAAAAUAGCAUACCUCCUUGCUGCCCAUUUAGGAUUUGUUUGAAGUGCCCACCUCUCAUUAUACAUGCACUUCUGAAUGUCACCCAAUGUUUGAAAGGAUGGAGCCUUUGUAUUAAGAGGCUUGCUCUCAUCCUUUAAGUGGGCUAGUGUCCUUCUUGAGGUGAUCACUUGUCAUUAUUUUUAAAUAUAUGAAAAGGGGAAGAAAACCAGACUUAAUUUCAGAACUUUAAGUCUUGUAUUUAUUUCUUUCCUGUUCUCAAGAAGGAAAAUAAGUCUAGGAGACCUCCUUUCUAAGUUAAACUCUGGAAGAUACAGUAAUGAAAAUGUCCCUUAGGUAACUAUUCCGUGGCUUUCCUAGAGAUGUCAAGCCAGAAUAUCUGUAAUUUAUGGCACUUGUGUUGAAGUGGGUAGGUUUGGUUCAAACUACACACACUGAUUGGCACAUCAGCCUCAGAGCUUGAAAAGGCAUUUGUUCAUUUUCACAUGUGGCUUUUAUAUUUUGACAUUGAGUUGCCAAAGCAGUUACAUAAGUUUGUAUAACGCAUUUUUUCACUCAGUUUUUCAGAACACACUCAGAACAUGAUUCAUGGCCCUUUAGUAUACAGAAUAUAGGUGCACAGUAUGUUAUGUAUGUGACAGAUGAGCCACCUACACUGAUGUCUUUCUAAGAACCUGUCUAUGUAAUGAGAGAAUCCUUUCCUCUGGGAAAAGUUACUGGAAGCCCCUCACUCUGAUCUGUACUAGGUACCUGCUUAGAACGUUCUGGAGAAGUGACAGCCCGCAAUCCCAGGCUGCUACCCUGUGUAAACUCACUUGGCUAUAAAUGCUUGUCCUAACUUUAUAAUGAAAGUUCAACAACUGUGAUAAGCUAGAUAGUGUGAA